AUGAUCAAAUUAUUUUCAUUGAAACAGCAAAAGAAGGACGGCGAGAAUGCCCCAGACCGAACCAAGCGAGCUUCUGCUGCCCAGUUACGAGUACAGAAAGACAUAAACGAGCUCAACUUACCAAAGACUUGCCAGGUUGACUUCCCUGAUCCAGAUGACCUUCUCAAUUUCAAGGUUAUCAUUUCACCCGAUGAGGAAUUCUACAGAGGAGGUCGGUUUGUGUUCAGUUUUAAAGUUGGCCAGGGCUACCCGCAUGACCCACCGAAAGUGAAGUGUGAGACCAUGGUUUACCACCCGAACAUAGACCUGGAGGGAAAUGUUUGUUUGAAUAUUCUCAGGGAAGACUGGAAGCCCGUGCUCACAAUCAACUCUAUAGUUUAUGGCCUACAGUAUUUAUUUUUGGAACCCAAUCCUGAAGAUCCUCUUAACAAGGAGGCAGCAGAGGUUUUGCAGACCAACCGGCGCCUUUUUGAACAGAACGUGGCCAAAUCUAUGCGCGGUGGACAUAUAGGCAACAUCUACUUUGAAAGGUGUCUGAAAUGA